AUGAUACGCGAACCAUUGCUUGCCACAGCGUUCUUCUUUGCUUUGUUCACUGUUGUUAUCAUCUACGUGCGGUUUGACUUCACUAUCGUAGCGGAUCCUGCACGUGAAGCACGCGAACGCAUUUUGGGUAAGGUAUCGAUGCUUUCCCAGUUGGUAGAUAAGAAGAACCGUGUUUUCACGCAGUUCCUCAAUGCUGUGAAUCAGUACAAAACAUCACGUGAUGUAACGGCUUUGCAGGACGGUAAGAAAAAACUGGAAACCGAUCGUGCGGACAUCAACGGGAAGCUAUCAGCGGCACUUGCUACUUUGAAGGAGGACAGUCAAGAGUCGUAUGAUAAGGCUCAGGAAUUGCUAAGAUACGAGAAAUCGAUAAUGGAUUCGCUGGACGGGUAUAUUACCAUCGUUCAGAAGAGUCAGCAGAAGUCCGCAAGCACAGAAGACACGCAGUUCACACAGAAGGUCACGGACGCGCGCACACGCUCGGAGUCACUGCUUGCCUCGCUUUAG